AUGGGAAAUACUGAGAGUAAUGUCACCAGCGGUGUUAAAAAACAAGCAGGAGCUGCUAUGCAGCCAAUUUACAAACUUUGCGAUUUAAAAGGUGGAGGAUUACUUGUAGAGCUUAUGAAGAGGGCCACCCAAAACAAACAGUAUGCCGAAAUAGAUCAUGCUAUUAAAACCAAGGUGGAACAUUUCCUUUACAACAAAGGCGCAGGUCGCUACAUUCCCAUUUCUCAGAUGGUUCUUUUGAGAAAUAAAGAAAGAGCUAGGCAUAAACUGUUACCACAACUUAAAGGUAUGGAGAAUCCUGACGAAUUCGAAGUAGAUGACGAAGGAACAGAAAUAAGCGAAGAAGAGUAUCGUAAAAAUCCAUCCAAGUACAGGCCCGUCUGCUGGAAACUAAAGGAAAGAGGCGCAGUAGGAGAAACGAUAAUGCAUCUUUGUUUGCUGAAUGCCACAUCUUUGCAUGCCGACAUUGCAAAAAGACUUUUGCGAUUCUAUCCCAAUUUGAUUUGGGAUAUUUACAUUUCCGAUGAAUAUUAUGGUGAAAACGUGUUACAUAUUGCCAUAGUAAACGAAGAUCCGUCUAUGGUGAAAUUUCUCUUGGCAGCCAACGUAAAUAUCCAAGAACGAUGUUUCGGCAACUUCAUGUGCCCGGAAGACCAAAAAUCUUCGAGAUUCGAUUCGCUGGAUCACGAAUGGGUCAAUGUUUGUCCGGAAACCAACUACGAUGGAUAUGUUUAUUGGGGCGAAUAUCCAUUAUCGUUUGCGGCAUGUUUAGGACAAGAAGAAAGUUUUCGUUUGAUUCUAGCAAAAGGUGCAGACCUAGAUGCUCAAGAUACUAAUGGAAAUACAAUUUUGCAUUUGCUUGUGAUUUAUUCCAAAGUAGAACUUUUCGAUAUGGCCUAUGAAGUUGGAGCUAGCCUACCGAUCAAAAACGUACAAAACUUAACUCCCCUUACACUUACAGCAAAACUGGCACGAAGCAUCACUUGUGCAGCUUAUCCUCUGUCCCAAAUUGAUACGAUAGACACUAUAACUGGUCAAAUAAGUAAAACAUCCGCGCUAAACUUAGUUGUGUUUGGUGUAAGUAUUGAGGAAUUCACAUUUCAUUCAAACUCUUGCCAAAAUCUGUUGUCACAUCAAAAAUUGAAUCAAUUGCCACUUGAAAAAACACAUAAAGAUUUAUACUUUGACAAAGACGAACAUCUAGAACUUCUGGAUGGAGUAUUAGUGGACCUAUUGAACGCCAAAUGGAACACUUUUGUGAAAUUCAAAUUUUAUAGACAAUUUUUUACAUUCGCUUUCUACUUUAUCAUUUCUCUUAUAGAUAACAUGGAUCAUAACGAUGACGAUGAUUACGAUGUCGAAGAAUGGUGGGAUAAUUUACAAGAAGAAUGCAGAUUGAUGAAUCUAGACAAAGAAGAGUCGCAAGUUAGAUUCGCCGCUGAAAUCGGUAUAACUUUUGGUGCUUUUUUUUAUCUGGCAGCUGCUGUGAGGGAAGCUCGCUUUCUAGGGCUGCGGAUGUUCUUUGAGAACUUGAUGACCGCACCUUCUCGUGUCAUGUUUCUCUUUUCUUGUAUUCUGGUGUUUGGGGUGAUACCGUGGUUGCGCUUGUUGUGUCUUGAUGAAAUUGAAGACGUCAUCGCGGUAGUUGUAAUGUUGACUACAGCUCCGUAUUUCCUGUUUUUUUGUAGAGGCUUCAAAACAGUCGGCCCUUUUGUAGUUAUGAUCUACCGCAUGGUGAUGGGUGAUCUUUUGCGUUUUGCCGCUAUAUACAUGGUAUUUGUUAUGGGAUUUUCUCAAGCUUACUACAUAAUAUUUUUAUCAUUCGAUAAUCCAUUGACACCUGAAGAUGUUGACGAUUCUAAAACUAAUCCAAUGUCCACUCCUGCUGAAUCAAUAAUGGCAAUGUUUCUUAUGUCAAUGACCAACUUUGGAGAUUAUUAUAACGCCUUUGCAAGAACCGAACAUGAAUAUGAAGCGAAAAGACGACAUGACAGACACGUGAAAAAACGCAAAGACAAAGAAGCCGGCAAUAAAAGCGUUUCAUUGGCCAACGUCCAAGAAAAAUCUGGAACUACUAUUAAAAUACAACAAUAA